AUGGUCGCCAUGUACUGUGGAUCGGGGGAUUUCUGCUCUGCAACUCUUCUCUUCCACCAGGUGCUCGACCCAUCUGCUCGCCUCUACAAUGCCCUCAUCAGAGGGCACUCCCUCUUCGGGGCGCACGAAGAGAUCCUCCCCCUCUUUUACCGGAUGCAUUCAAUGGGUCUCCAGCCUGACCACUUCACCUUCCCCUUUGUCCUCAAGUGCUGCGCCAACCUCGAGGCUGUAUUCAUGGGGAGAUCUGUGGAUGCUUUGUGCUCGAGGCUGGGCCUGGAAGUUGAUAUCCACAUCUCCACCUCUCUCAUCGACAUGUACGUGAAGUGCAGCAACGUUCCUGAUGCCCGCCGCCUGUUCGAGCUGGUUCCCUUCAGGGAUGUCUCCACCUGGAACGCGCUCAUCGCGGGGUACAUGAAGACUUGCGAAAUCAGAGUUGCAGAGGAGCUGUUCGGAAAAAUGCCCGAGAGGAACAUCGUCUCGUGGACCGCCAUGAUUUCCGGGUAUACUCAGAAUGGGCUCGCAGACCGUGCGCUGGCUCUGUUUGAGGAGAUGAUGGGAGAGGGGAGCGACGUUAAACCCAACUGGGUCACCAUCAUGAGUGUUCUUCCGGCCUGUGCCAACUCUUCUGCCUUGGAAUAUGAGGAGAAGAUUCAUAAAUUUGCUAGCUCGGUGGGGUUGGAAAGAAAUCCUUGCGUCUGCAUUGCGCUGGUGGCUAUGUACGCCAGGUGUGGAAGCCUCCUAAAGGCUCGCAGCUGCUUUGACCAGUUAAGGGAUGGUGACAGGGAUGUGGUCGCUUGGAACACCAUGAUCACCGGGUACUCUCUCCAUGGACGGGGAGCAGAUGCUUUAUCCACGUUUGAUGAUAUGGUGAAAUCGGGAACACCGCCUAAUGAGAUCAGUUUCAUUGGCUUGCUCUCUGGGUGUAGCCACUCGGGCUUAGUUGACGUGGGCCUGAAGUAUUUCAAUGCCAUGGAGAGCCUCUACUCUGUGAAACCGAGGUUGCAGCAUUAUGCCUGUGUUGUUGACCUUCUGGGCAGAGCAGGGCGGCAUGCCCAUUGAGCCGGGGCCCAGUGUUUGGGGCGCACUGCUGGCAGCCUGUCGGUGGCACCGUAAGCUUGAGAUUGGAGAGAUUGCAGCAGAGAAACUGUUCGAAUUGGAGCCUGGAAACACUGGGAAUUUCGUGCUGCUUUCCAACAUGUACGCAGAGGGUAGAAGGUGGCAGGCAGUGGAUUCAUUGAGAGCUGCUGUAAAAGAUAAGAGCAUGCCAAAGAACCCGGGUUGCAGUUGGAUCGAACUUCAUGGGAGAGUCCAUUCUUUUCUUAAUGGAGAUACGUCUCACCCGCAGGUGGCAGAGAUAUAUGGCGCUCCUGGAAGAGCUCCUUAGGAGGAUCAGGGAAGCUGGAUAUGUGCCCAACACAGCUGCGGUUCUUCAUGAUGUGAGUGAAGAGGAGGAGUUUAAUUUGAUGACCCAUAACAAGAAGCUGGCUGUUCCAUUUGGGCUUCUUCAUAUGGCUCCUGGUACUGUUAUCAGGGUAACAAAGAAUCUGAGGAUUUGUGACGAUUGCCAUGCAGCCUUUACGUGCAUUUCAGUUGCCUCUGGUAGGGAAAUUAUUGUGAGGGAUAUCAAUAGAUUCCAGAACAAUGGAAAGAAAUGGCUGCUUUUGGGCUUUCUUACACGCUCUGUUUUCCACUCACCAGGGAGAAAAUGCUCUGGAUUUGUGACGACCACGCUUUGGCCAUAUUCAGAAUGA